AUGCCAACGACCGGCAAAUCCACCGUGUCGAGCAUGCUCUCCUCGCCACCCCACUCCCUCCCCAUCAUCGACGCCGACAAGCUAGCGCGGGAUGUAGUCGAACCGGGGACGCGCGGUUACGCCGCCAUCCUGCGGCAUUUCCACCCGACGACGCCGGACCUCCUCGUCCCGGCGUCGGACACCAUGCCCGAGGACGGGCCGGCGGGUCUGGGCAGGCCCCUCAACCGACCGGCCCUAGGCAAGCGCGUCUUCGGCGAUGACGAGGAGCGGCGCCGCGACCGCGCCGUCCUCAACGCCAUCGUCCACCCGGCCGUCCGGCGCGCCAUGCUCUGGCGCGUGCUCGGCCUGUACGUCCGCGGUCACUGGGCCGUCGUGCUGGACGUGCCCCUCCUGAUCGAGAGCCGGCUCGACCGGUUCUGCGGCGUCGUCGCCGUCGUCGCCGUGCGCGACCCGGCCGUCCAGAUGGACCGCCUGCGCAAGAGGGACCCCCACCUCUCCCCCCGAGACGCCGAGGCCCGCGUCUCCAGCCAGACAGACGUCCGGCUCAAGGCCGCCAGGUGCCAGGACAGGGGGGCCGGGAAGGGCAUCGUCCUCUGGAACGACACCGACACCCGCAGCCUGCAGGACCAGGUAGACGCCGCCGUGAGCGACCUCCGCGCCCGCACCCCCGCCUGGUGGUCCUGGGCCCUCCUCGCCUGCCCUCCCCUCGCCGCCGCCGUCGCCGCCUGGCGCUUCUGGGAUAAUGCUAAGCUGCAGAGGCUGUGGGAGGAAAAGGAGAGGCAGACUGUCAAGGGGGACUGA